GAGGGGUCUAGUGGUAGCAUUGCUGUAGGACAGGCCCUUGGAUCUGCGCUCCCGGCCUGGCCUGCCAACUGCCCCUCUGUGGUCUUGGCAAGUUCUUUGCACUCCGUCUGUAAAACGGGAAUGUGGUGGUCGGCCCUGCUGGCACAGGGGGGUGUGAGGGCUGAGUGGACCCGUGUGGGCGGGCGGGGUUCGCCAGCGUCCGAGGCUAGUGCUGGGAGAGGGGCUUCGUCUGAUACUGUCGGCCCGUCCUGGCUUCGGCUCCCGGCGACCAGGGCUCCAGCGAGUGAAGACAUGGGCCCGGGGGUGUGGGCCUCCCAGAGUCCUCACAGGACGAGCCUGGAGCCAGAUGGGGAGGAGUCCUGGAGCCACCGACCACUCUCCUGCGAUCAGGCCGAGGGUCGGAGAGGCCAGGCCCCGCCACCCAGGCCAGCAGGCUUCCAGAGGACUCCCGGGGGGCUCAGCAGACUCCCCUCCCUUCCAGGCUGUUCCUCCAAGUCAUUCAAGCUGUACUCGCCGAAGGAGCCCCCGAACGGCAACGCCUUCCCCCCCUUCCAUCCCGGCACCAUGCUGGAUCGGGACGUGGGCCCAACUCCCAUGUACCCGCCAACAUACCUGGAGCCAGGGAUUGGGAGGCACACGCCUUAUGGCAACCAGACUGACUACAGGAUAUUCGAGCUCAACAAGCGGCUGCAGAACUGGACAGAGGAGUGUGACAAUCUCUGGUGGGACGCUUUCACGACGGAGUUCUUUGAGGACGACGCCAUGUUGACCAUCACCUUCUGCUUGGAGGAUGGACCAAAGAGAUACACCAUCGGCCGGACGCUGAUCCCGCGCUACUUCCGCAGCAUCUUCGAGGGGGGCGCCACGGAGCUGUACUAUGUGCUGAAGCACCCCAAGGAGGCCUUCCACAGCAACUUCGUGUCCCUCGACUGUGACCAGGGCAGCAUGGUGACCCAGCACGGCAAGCCCAUGUUCACCCAGGUGUGUGUGGAGGGCCGGCUGUACCUGGAGUUCAUGUUCGACGACAUGAUGCGCAUCAAGACGUGGCACUUCAGCAUCCGGCAGCACCGCGAGCUCAUCCCCCGCAGCAUCCUGGCCAUGCACGCCCAGGACCCCCAGAUGCUGGAUCAGCUCUCCAAAAACGUCACCCGGUGUGGGCUGUCCAACUCCACUCUCAACUACCUCCGACUCUGCGUGAUACUGGAGCCCAUGCAGGAGCUCAUGUCCCGCCACAAGACCUACAGCCUCAGCCCUCGUGACUGCCUCAAGACCUGCCUCUUCCAGAAGUGGCAGCGCAUGGUGGCGCCCCCCGCGGAGCCCGCGCGGCAGCAGCCCAGCAAGCGGCGGAAACGGAAGAUGUCCGGGGGCAGCACCAUGAGCUCUGGGGGUGGCAACGCCAACAGCAGCAACAGCAAGAAGAAGAGCCCCGCCAGCACCUUCGCCCUCUCCAGCCAGGUACCUGAUGUGAUGGUGGUGGGGGAGCCCACCCUGAUGGGCGGGGAGUUCGGGGACGAGGACGAGCGGCUCAUCACCCGCCUGGAGAACACCCAGUUCGACGCGGCCAACGGCAUUGACGACGAGGACAGCUUUAACAACUCCCCCGCCCUGGGCGCCAACAGCCCCUGGAACAGCAAGCCUCCGUCCAGCCAGGAAAGCAAGUCGGAGAACCCCACGUCGCAGGCCUCCCAGUAGAGGCCCCGCCACGGCCACCCGCGCUCUGCCUGCCUGCCCUUGCGGUCCCGGGGAGCAGAGGACAGAACAGAGACUGAGCCGCCGACAUGGGUGGGCGUGGGGGCCUGGACUCGCCCCGGCCCUGCAGAGCCUUUGGGGACAGGGGACUCUCCUGCGGAGGCCUGCGUGACCCCGGCCCCCAGGG